GAGAGGGAGCAAGUGUUUACUCGAACUGACCAGGAAUAUAGCACAUAUAUAGAAGAUGAAUCUGAAGGAAGAGGGUUACUGGCGGACAAGCUGCGUUGGCUCUGCAUUAUCAGCCAGUGGCUGCAUGCUCGGCUGAUCUCUGGACCCUCAGAUUUAGCAACACAACAGGAGACAGGCAGCUUCAAAAUCAGUCUGAAACAAAGACAGGAUAGAGGAAAGACGUGAUUUAAAGAAAGCAAAAAAGAAAGAGACAGGCGGAGGCAACAGCAGGCUGAGUUGUGACAGGGUGACGAGGGAAAACAGCAGCUGUAAAUCAGAGUUAAACAUUGAUAGAGGCUCUGUGAGGUAUAAUGGUUGACAGAACUUUUUAUUUAAGGUUUUGAGGAGGAGUAUGAGAGAUUUGAGAGGACGGGGGGGUCAGGGGCAGAGGUCCGGCAGGGAGUAAUUGUGGUGACAGCCAGUGCAAGGGGACAAGGACUCAUGUGAGACACAGAGGAAUUAAAAUAAAGGGACAAAAGAGAAGGAAUAGAGAGGGACUGGCAGACCCAAAGCUGGAGUUCAGUAUGGGUGUCAAGAGCAAGGCUGCUGUCGCUAUCUUAGUCCUGCUGCUGUUCCUCGGCUCCCUGUGGCUCCAGGGAAGUUUGGAUUACCACUGGGAUUCUUGUUUAAAAGGUUAUAAUCAGGGGAAUACGCUCCACCAGCUGUACAACAGCAGUGUGGCCGAUGGGGCUGAGGGCCCACAGGUCAGAGAGGGGUGCCCUGGCCAGACCUUCCAGGUGUCACUGCUGCUCUCCCACCUGCUGGCUGCACCAACCUCUACCUCUGACGUGCUGCUGCAGCCGUAUCUGUCCAGCUGGGAUGAGCUUGUGAGGUUUAUGGAAGCUCUGGGCCCGGUGGUGGGAAUAAUAUCUAAAGAGAUAAAAACCAAGACGUCAAUAAUCCGCCAACUGGCCCUGUUGGCAGACGGGAACCCUGAAGCAGAGCUGGGCCCAGAUAUACACUCAGUGAACAGUGUGAGCACAGAGGCUGGUGCAAAGAACAAUCAGGAGGCCUCACAGCCCACUGGUGCCUACCACUCUGUGCGCUCCAUGAUCUGGAUAGAGCGGAACCGAGGAGUGGUGGACUUCCACCACCAGACGGACUCUGGAUGCCGAACUCUUCUGCGUCUGCAUCGCGCUCUGCAGUGGCUGCAGCUCUUCCUGGAGAAGCUGGCUGAGACACCAGCGGCUGGGCGGCUGAGGAGCCCCUCAGAGCUGUGUCGUGAGGCCUACCAGAGCACCCUUGCCCACCACCACACCUGGUUCGUUCGCACAGCCGCCGAGCUGGCCUUUACGGCCAUGCCAGAGCGGGGUUUCUUCUUCAGGCUGGUGUGCGUGCAGAGCCAGGAGGAGCUGAGCUCUACGCUGACCAGAGUCGCUCAGGCCAUUGGAGAGGUUUAUGACAGGACGCAGAAAGCCCUGGAGGAAAAUGGCAUGCUGAACUUGCCAUAGAAAAGGAGACUAUCAGACUUGACUAUAUUUGCACUGUCUCCAUGGUAUCCAGGACAUCACGUGUUUAGCUACAAACAUGGUGUAAAGUUCCUAAGGAAACAUGAAUGGACUUUUUCAGCUAAAAUUCACACGUGCCAUAUUUCCCUCCCAACCAAAGUGCUGCAUCAACAAUCAACUGAUACUGAAAGUUCAGUCUGCAGACAUUCCUUAUCCAAUUUUCUGACAUUAUGACUUCUCCUCUCUUUAAGGCAGUGGUGCCCACAAAGGGGGCCAGGGGGGCCUUGACCCCCCGGCUGAUAUUUCUGUCUUUAAGAGGCUGUGGUAUGCUCAGGAUAGUGAAAUCUUGUGAAACUAGACAACCUACGGCAUCCAUUAGUACCAACCAUUUUGGCAUAAUGGAAAGAAUGCCAUGUAACACCCAACUUAAGCUAAAUUUUGGCAAAUGAAUUGAAUGAUUGAAUGAAUGAAUUUUGGGAAUGACUGCCAAAGCCAUUUUUCAAAGAGGUCCCUUGAACUCUCACCUCAAAAUAUCUAAAUGAAAAUGCAUUCUGUGGGUGCCCAAGAAUAUUUAUAUAAUUCACCUAUUUACAUUUUAUUAAGACUUAAAGUUAUGCAUAUUUAAGGGCGGGGCUGCUUCUAAGAGUCAGAUUCAUUCCUUGCUCCUCCACAGCUCUACCCUAGUCAUUUCUGGUUCUUAAAAACCACAAUGGCAACAGCGGGAGUCAACAAACCAAUGGGUAAUGUCAUGGAAGCUACGUGCAGUAUUUUAUACAGUCUAUGGUGCCACCCUAAGGUUUCAGUGGCCCCAUCUGGCCACCCCUUUGAAAGAUUUCUGGGGGCACCACUGCCUUAGAGUGGCAUUUUUAAUGUAGCCUGUAAUGUAUUCAGGCUGGCUGAACACAAACUGUGAAUGAUAUAAAAAGGUGGACGCAAUAACAUGAACAUGCAGCAACCCAAUGCAGUCAAUACAGCAUUUGUUAGGCCUGUUAUGUUUUUGAGACUGCGUCACAGGCGAGGUGAUUUUCUAACGGAUUCUAUCAGAUUGUAGACUUCAUGUUUUUGUGCCUACCUCUGCACAUAUGUGAUUUGGUUUUUUUUACGUUCAAAUUCUAUUGAAAAUGACUGCUGUUUUGAAUGUAGUUGAUGCUUGGUGAUUUAGUAUGCUACCUCAAACCUGGCUAGGUCUAGAUGCCUCGUAGCCCUAAAAUCUGGGACCAAUCUAUCCUGAUUAAAGAGCUAUUACACGAAACAAAUCAACAUGGGCUGAACAAAAGACAACGUGGUGCUUCACAGCAACUGUGGUGUGCGUGAGGAAAAUUAAUUUCUCAGUUUUCCAUUUUUUUGUAUCAUGUUCAGAAUGAUUAAAUAUCCCUUUAAAAAAGAAGAAGAGAGAAUCCAGUUGCCUCUUUUCUGACAGAGUCUGGUUCAGUAAUGUGAUAACUUUGACAUUUAAAUGCCACUGAACCAUUGUGUAAUGUUACCCACCAUCCAGCAGAGGUUCCUGCGCUCUGCUCCAGACUAAUCUUCAUUCUGCCAACAUCAUGGUGGAUUUAAUCUGCUCUGUGCAACACUCUUACCUGGAUACAUUUUGUGGGAAUGGACAGGUUUUUGAACCCAAACACAAAGGCCUUUUCCCCCAUAAUAUCUCUGUGUUUGUAAGACAAUAUAAAAUGUUAUGCUUUAUAUAUUAGAAACAAUCUGAAGAAUAUCAAAGCUCUGCAUUAUUCAGGAUUAUAAUAUACAGAAUGUGUGUGUAACAGAGAGAAUAGCAUGCGUACUGUACUGUACGUAUCACUGGCGUUACUCUUGAUCAGACUAUUUUAAAACCACAAAUACCUCUAAUGCCACGUAAUCCUGGCUCUCUCCCUUUUCCUGGACUGUGCUCUCUCUUUCUGAGGAGGAGACAGUGAAGAAGGGAGAGAUAAGGAUUGAUCCUGAAGCCACUGAGUGAACAGUAGACAGGAGCUGGUUGAAGGUCAGUGGGUGGAAGUACACUUCAGCUGUAAUCUUGUCAAGCAGUUGGCGGCAGACUUUAUUAAAGCAGCUCCUUAAGGGGAAAAAGCUGAACUAAAACAGAAUUCACAUAUUUCUGAGCGUAGGUCAAUUAAUACAUAGGAUUUUUGAACAAUUAAAUGUUGUGCUCGAAUCCAGCCAAGACUUGAAUCUGUGACCUUUGACCCGUGGUGUGUGUAGGAGGAUGACAUGUUGCCGUUGGUAUUUCCACUACGUAUUCACUUCCUCCUGAGACUCUUUCAAAAAUAGAGUGCGGAGAUUCUCAAUAGUUCACACAUAACCUAAGCUUUUUUGUUUCUUCUGUUUUUGCCUUUCACUUGUUCCCAUGUAUCAGUGUGUAAGCACAGGUUGUUCACUGGUGCUGAAGG